CGUUGGGGAAGUUUUCGUCGACCAAUCAGUCAGUGGUACUUAUUGAGCGCUUCCUGUGAGCAGAGCACUGUACUAAGUACCUGGGAAGACUACAGCGCAGCACAGUUGGGAGCCGCUUUCCCUGCUGACAAGGAGCUUAUUUCAAGAUUGGCCGACCCUUCAAUAUGUUGCACUCCCAGGGCUGGUGUAGAACCUGCGUAAGGUCGCUUUCAGGCAAUUUUGAACGGAGCGCGGUUAAUUUGGGGACCUUGGCCAGAAAAAUACACUCAUCGGAAGAGAGGAAAAAGGAACGGGAAGGCAGAGAACCAGCGGAAACGUGCGGAGGUCAAGAGUUGCACGGUCCUCGAAAUGCAGAUUGUGAAGCUGCGAGGCAGUUACACACACCGGUGAUGGUCAGCGAAGUUGUUAAUUGCUUGGCACCCCAACGAGGACAGAGUAUCCUUGACAUGACAUUUGGAUCGGGAGGCCACACCAGAGCUAUUCUACGUAAAGAACCUGGAAUUGUCCUCUAUGCUCUGGACAGAGACCCGUCAGCAUACAAAAUCGCUCAGCAGCUUUCACAAACUUACCCAAAUCAGGUGAGAGCUUUGCUAGGCCAAUUUAGCCAAGCCGAGACCUUGUUACUGUCAGCUGGAGUCCAGCCAGGAAGUCUGGACGGAGUUCUUCUGGAUCUUGGAUGUUCCUCUAUGCAACUCGAUACUCCUGAAAGAGGUUUUUCCCUGCGAAAGGAUGGCCCCUUGGACAUGAGGAUGGAUAGUGGCAGGUACCCUGACAUGCCCACCGCUGGCGAUGUUGUGAACGCUUUAGAUCAACAGACACUUACGUCCAUCCUGAGAACAUACGGGGAGGAGAGGCAUGCCAAGAAAAUAGCUUCAGCAAUCGUUCAGGCACGCACCAUCUAUCCCAUCACCAGAACUCAGCAGCUCGCCAGCAUUGUUGCAGGGGCCUUUCCUGAUUCCGCUUUGUAUGCCCGGAAGGACUUGCUUCAGAGAUCUACCCACAUUGCCACCAAAACCUUCCAGGCCAUUCGCAUCUUUGUGAACGAUGAACUCAACGAACUCUAUGCGGGACUGAAGACAGCUCAGAAAUUCCUUAGACCCGGAGGACGCCUCGUCGCCCUCUCUUUCCACUCCCUGGAGGAUCGGGUCGUCAAGCGGUUCCUGUUUAAGAUAGACAUGACCGAGAAGUUUAACCUUAGCAGGAGAAGGAAGAUAACGCAAGCGCAGAGAGGGAACGUCGACCGAGAGAAUGAAGAAGAAUCCUCCGGCGGCACGUCUCACCCCGAGUGGGAAAUGAUCCACAAAAAAGUGCUUACUCCUGACGCCCAGGAUGUUCAGGAAAAUCCCAGAGGGCGUUCAGCAAAGCUGAGAGCAGCUAUCAAGCUGUAGAAAGAAAAAAAACUCUUGCCUGUGCCUCCCCAUUCUUUCCCCCCACGAUUUCCAUCAUUUUUCUUUCUACAGCUCUGAAGCAGUUUAAAUAAAAGAAAACCCAAGUGUUACAGACCGUCUGGGUUUCUUAUGUAUUUAGUAUCAUUUUUCAGUGGAAUGUAAACAUGGGGAAUACAAACA